UAUCCUGCCACUCCGUCAGGCUUUUGUUUUGUUCUCCAGACGUUGAUGCCGGGGGAGGUCGUUUGCGAGGCGGAUGAAGGAAAGAAAAUGGAAAGGCACUAGGGCAAAUCUUGGCCGGAGCCGACUCGGGAAAGGAGCGGAGCCCAACUUUCUACGAUGAACUACACCGUAAUUUCAAUGACACAGAAAUAACUUUUCAUUUAUAUUUUACUACAUAAUGAUAGGCUAUUAUAUAAGCCUACAUACAGCAGGGUUGUCGGUUUAGGAGCUCAAUUCUGCCGACUGGGCGUGCAUCUAUGAAAGAGAAACAAACACAGGCACGACGAAGGACAGGAGGAUAGCAUGUCAACAAGCACACUCAUCCAACCCAGCCUCAGGGAGAAGAAAGGCAGCUUCUUCAAGCUGAUCGACUCAUUUGCCUGGGAGAUCGGGACUCUGAAGAGGGAGGUGGUGCAGAAGGCUGAGCCAGCAGAGAGGGACCCAGAGCCUGUCAUACUACAGGGGCUGGAUGGGGAAGUGGGAGGUCUGUUUCUACAGGCUCCUCCCUGUGUUGGUGUGGGGGCACGGCUGGCUGGAGCUAGAGAUUCAGGCUACGACUCGUUGCGUAGAAGGAUGAGUGUGUUGGACAGGCUGGUGCAGACGCACGUUGUGUGGCUGCAGCUGGGACUUAACCAUGCAGACUCCACAAGCAUACUGGAACCGCAGCCCACCGGGACGUUUCUGGUGAGGAAGUCGACUACCCUGCAGAGGAAGGUGAUCUCUCUGCGUAUGCAUCAGGACUCUGAGACACCCGUCAAAGACUUCCCUGUGAAGGAGAGUCAAUACACAUUCUCCUUGGAGGGAUCGGGCCUCGGCUUUGCAGACCUGUUCCGUCUUGUGGCCUUCUGCUGCAUCAGCAGGGAUGUCUUGCCAUUCACCCUAAAGCUUCCUGAAGCCAUCUCUGCAGCCAGAACACCAACAGACUUGGAGGAGGUGGCCAAGCUAGGAGCAGGCUUCUGGGACUCUGAGCAUUGCUGCAGGAACAAGAGUUCCGUCUCCCGGUUGUCCGGGACAACCAUCCAGGACCAAUACCUCAGCCCCCUGGUCACCCGCACCCCGUCCCAGCUUGAGUGUUCCCAGUCCAACGGGGCUCUCUGCUUCAUCAACCCCCUCUUCCUGAAGGUUCACGACCCAGAGGGGGGCAACCACACCCCUCCCUCCUCCACCAGCUACUACAACAACCCCCACCACCUAAACAACAAUAGUACUACAACAACUACAGAAACAACGGUACAAGGUCAACAGCACUGUACCAGCAACCCAGAGCAACUUAUCGACUGCACAAACAGCCCUCAACCCCCUAGCAACAGCCCUCAGAGUCCUAGCCCUGGCAACAGCCCCCAGCAUUAUAACAACAGUGUGAGCCAGGCUAAGAGCGUGUCCCGCCCACCACCGCCUCGCCCCCCACCUCCCCAUUGUGCUCCCCGUCGCCCUGCCCCUCCUCGACGCCAGUGCAGCAUGCCUGAGAAGAUAUCCUGGAUCAACCCCCCCAAAGAGAAGGACAGGGUGGGAGAGAGGGAGAAAGGAGGAGAAAGAGAGAAGGGCAGUAGCCUUCUCUCCCGUCUGGGCUCCUCUCUCAGCAUCAGUCCAUCCUCUUCUUUCCUCUUAUCCUCCCCUCCUAAGAAGCUCAGCAUCAGUGCCCCCAUCUCUAUUCCCUUGUCCCUCUCCUCCCCAAGUAGGCCGAAACCCACGCCGCCAAGCGACGUCGACUGCCAUCUUGCUCUCGAUGACCAGACUAUUGAGAACGCCAUUUCUCUCAGUCUGGCUAAGCUGUCACUGAGAAACGCCACCACCCCUGAUGACAACACAGAGGGAAACAGUCCGUCCACUCAAGACCCAGCCCCUCCCGUCGAGAGGAAGGAGGAAGAGAAAGAGGAGGAAGAGGGGAGUGUGCAGCGCCUGAGCGACAUGAGCCUUUCCACCGAAUCCUCUGCCGACUCACUAGACUUUUCCCAGGGCUUCUUCCCCCCUCUCUCUGAACCCAGCCCCCCCACCACCAACAACCUGGUCCUGCCCCCCCUCACCCACCCCUACAGCAGCAUGGAGGAAGAUGAUGAUGAUGAAGACGAAGCAGACUUCGGCGGGAGCCUGGAGAGCGACCAAGACCAGGACCUGACCAUCACCCCUCCUGGGCUGCGCACCAAACGGCGAGCCAGCGCCGGGGCCAUGGUCAUCCAGCGGGCCCUCAGGGGCCACCUCCGUAAAAUGAGUGGGGUGUUCAACUCGCUGAUGACCCCAGAGAAACGGGCCAUACGGAGAGUCCUGGAGCUGUCGAGGGACAAGGGGUCUUACUUCGGCUGCCUGGUGCAGGACUACCUCAGCUUCCUGCAGGAGGGAGGCGGCAGCCAGGCCUGGCAGUGCCACGCAUCAGGACUGGAGUUGCUGCAGACGCUACGCCAGUUCAUCACCCAGAUGAAGAGCUACCUACGGCAGAGCUCUGAGCUGGAGCCCCCCAUCGAGUCACUCAUCCCAGAGGACCAGAUCGACUAUGUCCUAGAGAAGGCCAUGCAUAAGAUUGUCCUGAAGCCCCUAAAAGGUGUGGUGGGAGUGGCCCUCCAGGAGUUCCAGGUCCGCAGCGGGGCAUGGCAGGAGCUUAAGGAGAACCUCUCAUUGGCCAAGGUCCGGCAGCCCCAGGAAAUGGGCGUGACCGACGCACUCCCUCCAGAUCCAGUCGCCAUAGAGAAGAUCCGGCACAAGUUUCACACUAUGUGUAAACUUUACUCCCCUGAGAAGAAGGUGACCAUGCUGCUGCGCGUGUGUAAACUCAUCUAUACCAUCAUGGAGGACAACUCAGGUCGUCUGUACGGGGCAGAUGACUUCCUGCCCAUGCUGACCUAUGUGUUGGCCCAGUGUGACAUGCCUCAACUAGAUAACGAGAUCCUCUACAUGAUGGAACUGCUGGACCCCUCUCUGCUCAAUGGAGAAGGUGGAUACUACCUGACCAGUGCGUACGGAGCCAUGUCCCUCAUUAGGAACUUCCAAGAGGAGCAAGCAGCUCGUGUACUCAGCUCUGAAACACGCAACACACUCCACCAGUGGCACCGUCGCCGCACCACCCAGCGCACUGCUCCCUCUGUAGACGACUUUCAGAACUACCUGCGAGUGGCGCUCCAGGAGCUGGACAGCGGCUGCACGGCCAAAACCCUGCAGGUGCAGCCCUACGCCACCACAGAGGAAGUCUGCCAGAUCUGUGCCUACAAAUUCAAAGUUCCCGACCCUGAGGAUUACGCUCUGUUCCUGCUCACUGAGGGCUCGAGCCAGCAGCUAGCCCCUGACACAUACCCCCAGAAGAUCAAAGCUGAGCUCCACAGUCGACCCCAGGCCGCACCUUUUCACUUCGUCUUCCGUCGCGUGGCUAACCUCAAUGAACUGGACGUGACCUCUUUUGACCCCCAGUCCAUCCUCAAUGACGUCACCCUUACCACGGACUCUGAGCCCAAUCACAAUGAUGUAGCCUUAACCCCUUCGGACCCCCAGCCCAACUUCAACCUGGGUCUCAGUCCCAGUCUCAGCCUCAGUCUACCCCCCAACCAGCAAAAUGGCAACUCCAUAUCUAUCUGAGGCUGCAGGGCUGGAAACCCUCCAUCUGGACAUUCUUUCUGUAACCCAACAAAACUGAUCUGAGCUGUGUUUAACUGGAUUGAACUGGGCCUAACUGGGUUAAGCUGAGCCAUGCUGAGUUUAGCCAAAACAAACUUCCCUUUUUGGUGAAUCUUCUGUCUAGCAGGGCGUCCUCAAAGCGGAAAGCUUUGUCUAAGUACAGGAGGAAAGGAGAGGAAGAGGGAAGGAAAUGCGAGAGAAGAGGGAAGGAAAUGCGACAGAUGGGGUUAUUUUGCAGCUCUAUUUGUGAACCUUUGGGACAUGGCACUCAAGGAGCACACAUGAGGGCAAACGCCACUCACAUAAAGGAUGGAUAUGGAUGGAUAAAGUGAGGGCAAACGCCACUCACAUAAAGGAUGGAUAAAAGCUUUGAAAUAGUCUUGUUACAGACACAGACAGACCGUCUAUACGGUCAUACUGCAAAAGUGUCUGAAAGUUCAGAUUCGGGGUCAGUUUUUGGUUUGUAACUCCUAGUGGUGAAGCAAAGGAUAAGUCGAGGAAAGCUGAUCUCAGAUCUGUGGAUAGGGUUAACUUUUGUCUGCAAUGGUUCCAUCUAGUGAUGUACUCAUUCUGUCCAUUCACUUUUUCUUCAGACAGAAUAUAGCCUUUAUAGCAAAUAUACAGCAUUUACUUUAUCUGGGUGAUAGCCUACAUCUAUUAUGAAUUACUUGUUGCAGUUGCUGGUAAAAUUGCAGGAUAUGUAUUUUUAUGGAAUAUUGUUUUAUCAUUGCAUGUUCUUUUCUUUGUUAAAUGUUAGAAGCGGGCAUGUCUGCCAGUGACGAAAUAAUGAACGUCCUUAAUGUUAUGAUUAUCCAGGAGAUAUGAUACUGUACAUCCCUCAUAGCUAAUCCUUAGUUAAUAGAGGUCAUUGCUGUCAUAGUGAUUGUGUGAUAUAUGAUUGACUGGCUUGGUCUACAGUACCGGCGUCAAAUCCCAGACAAGGUCAUGAAAUAUUGUACUACUGACAAAUAUUAAAAGUAGGCCUAAAUUGCCUUAUGAAAUUUGGUGUGUCAAUUCUCAAGCUGGUCUGAGAUUAUGCACGCACACACACACACACACACACAAAUGCACAAACUUGUGUGUGUUUUGGCUCUUGGCUGGUAAGAUUUUGAGCAAUGGGUAUGAGGGCAUAAGAGAGAUCUGCAAGGACGCAGAUUUGAGAAAAAAUAAGAAACCUGCACACUGCUCUUGCUAGGUAUCACUGCUCUUUUUUUAAGCUUUGACAAAGGCCUUGAGGUUGAUACGUAAAGGUUAAUAAAGAGCAGUGAUACUAGCAAGUGCAAUGUGCAGGUUUCUUUUUCAAUUGUUACCAUGCACCUGCAGCAAAGAUAGCUAAGAUGUGCGAGUGCCUUUUGAAUUUUGAAGGACACAGAUUUAAAAGACGGAGAGCGAAAAGAAUGAGAUGUGAAGUAGAACUGAAUCAUUAAUAAAAUAAGGCUCUGUUUCGUUAACUGAACACAAAUCAUGUUUAAACAAAUUGCAUUCUAUUAAUGUAUCAGUACUUCAAUGUUUACCAUUUGAAAUGUAGAGUUGGGCAUUGCUGGUGCUGUAGAACGAUAACAGAAAAGUGAAAUGGUAAAUGUGAUUGAGGAAAGGUUGAGGAGGCAAUAGCAUUAUUGUUAAACACUAUGUAGCUUAUAAUGUUAGUUAAAAAUAUUGAAAUAUAUUUCAACUUUUUUGGGACUUAGGUGUUAUCCUGUUUUAAAUGUACUUUAUACUGUAAUACAAUUGCUACUCUAACAAGAUUUUAAAUGAUACACAUUUUUGUAUUUAUAUGUAUCUGUGCUGGGAUUUUUUUCACAGAUUGCAAUAUAACAGAUAUGGAAAAAGCAGUCUUCCAAGAUCAACAAGAAAUUUACUUAUGUUCCUAUGCUAAAGACUCUCUGUACGUAUCAUUGAAUGAUAUUAUUUUGCACUCAAUAAAUUUUGGUCAUGAAUUUGACUGUG